CCCGGGGCCCCCAGUCUGGUGGGGGCAGGAGUGAAGUGGGGGGUUCCCAGGGCGGCGCACUGCAUUCCUAACCCCUCCUAAGUUUACCUUCUCCUGUUGGGGUGUUUCCCUUUGACGCUGAUCAUUAAGAGAAGCAUGAGUCUCAGAUGAGCAUGCGUGCGGCUGUUCCCCGCCCCGCAGCCCUGCAGACGGCGGGUGUCCUGGCUCCUGCUCGCGGCCGAGUGGGUGGGCUGUGUUGAUCCAUUCAUCCAUCCAUGCACAGUUGGGCUGUUUCUACAUCCCGCGAAUUGUGAAUCCUGCUGCUGUGAGCAUGUGUGCGGGUCUGAGCACCUGCCAGGGCCGGGCCGUGCGUCCAGGGGUGCUUGGCCUCCUUCUUGCAGUUUUGGUGGCCUCAUCUGUGCCACAGCACCAAGCCCAGCGCUUGCUUCACCCGACGUAAGAUCGAGAGAGGUAGUUUUCCCACUGGCACACAGCAAGCACCCAAAAUGUGCCCGCCGGGGGCAGACACUUCGGGAAACCGGUUCUGUAAACCAUUCAUCAUCAGAGUUACCGUAUGACCCAGCAGUUUCGCUUCUAGGCAUGUCCCCAAGAGAGACAAGAACAUAUAUCUGCACAAAACCGUUACAGGGAUAUUCUCAGCAGGAGGAAUCACGACAACCGAAGAUGGAAACAACCGAGAUGCCCAUCAAGGGACGGACGGUCAAUGUGCCCAUCGCGCACGCGCACGUCACUCAGGUGUGUCCACGCACGCGCACGUCCACAGAUAAACGUGUCCGCCGUGCACGCGCACGUCCCACGGCCGCCAACAGGAGCGAGGCGCCCACACCCGCCGCCCCGCGCGGAAGGACCCUGAACGCACGACGCUGAGGGAGGGAACCAGACACGAGAGGCCACACGGGGUGGAUGGGUUCCAAGGCCAAGAAGCGGGUGGUACUGCCCACUCGCCCAGCGCCCCCCACGGUGGAGCAGAUCCUGGAGGACGUGCGGGGUGCGCCCUCCGAGGACCCCGUUUUCACCGCCCUGGCCCUGGAAGACUCCGCGGGCCUCUCCGGGAGGGCGGAGGACGCGGAGGCCCAGCAGCAGCAGCUUUACCAGCAGAGCCGCGCCUACGUAGCCAUGAAUCAGCGUCUGCAGCAGGCGGGCGACGGGCUGAAGCAGAAGCGUGAGGACCUGUGGCGGGCUGGCGAGGGGCUGGAGCGGGAAGUCCGCCUGCUGAAGCAGGGCGCGCCCCCAGGGGCCGUGGCCGCCUCCUUGGGCUGACUGGCUCGCCAGCUCACCUUAGCGCGCUCCCCGGCAGGGCGCCCCGCGGCUCACCGGCACCUUUGGUCCCCCCCCCCCCCCCCCCCCCGAGACACCUGACCCGGCGCACCUCAGACGCGGGCCCCUGGGUCGCGUGGCCUGGGCUCGCCCCGGGGCCCGGAGACCCUGGGGCCCACAGCCUGCGUGGGGGGUGACAGACACAGCUGCCUCGCCGGGCGCGGGCCCCUUUCGAGGGGCGGGUCUGGGGCAGUGUGGGUGCCGCUCGCCCCGGCCGUGGAGCCCAGACCGGACUUCGUGCGGGGUCCCCAGCCAGCACCCGAGGGCCGGUCCGUCCAACCUCUCCUUGCCCCUGGCGACCCUGCUUCCCCGCGUCAUCGCAACGGAGAUGGAACCCCGUGGAACCCCGGCUGCUUUCUGUCUCCGCCCAUCUCUGCGUGUACUGCGGGGGGGUGGGGCCCAAGUUCCGGCAGAGCACCCCGUUCCCUCCCGACAGCGGCCGGCUGCUGGAGGAGCACUUGCCCAGCAGGGCCCGGACCGGAGACGGGGCCUCUGGUGGUGCCCCUACUGAGCACCCUGAUCCCAGGCCUGGGCGCUCCUGCGGGGCGGGUUACCCGUCGGGGUGCGGGACCCACCUGGGACCCACCCCAUCACGGGGGUGCCUGGCCUGGGCUCCCGGGAGGGGACGAGCUGGCCAGUCUCCCACCCGAGCCCUCGCUGGCUGCCUUCAUCCUGGAAGGCUUCGUCUACGGGCAGGUGCACGGAACAGGAGCGGAUCUUGAAAAGGGCUUUUCGCUCAAAAAGAGCAGCUGCUCGUGGCUGCCCGUCCGGGGCUCCGUGGGAGCUCCGAAGUGCCACAGCAGGACCCUGACACGGGGGACCCCGAGCAUCCCCGGAGGUCUUUCUCUUUCCCUGAAGAAGGGGAGCCUGCUUAACCCUGAGAGGCCCCCAAACCAAGACCCAGGAAGGGGGCCUCGGGGACGCCUGACCAUCGCACGCCCGCCCCGCUGCUCACGGCACACCCUUGGUGAGAAGUUCUUCCGCUUUCCCUGCCUGGCCCUGGUCUCCAGCGCUUCCUGACUCCGGGGUGCCGUCCACUCGGAGUCCCCUGGGGUCAGGCAGGGGCACACCCGCUGGCGUCCCAGUGCCGUCGACCUGGGACCCCGGGCCCACACUCAGGCUCUGCGUCCAGGGACCUGCCCAAAGGGGCAUCUGCUUGCUCCCGGCAGAAGCCAGGCUGGGCCAUCACCCGGACCCCAGAAGGGGUGGGCAGGACAGAAGGCCCCGGAGUUCCCUCCUGGCCCCCACCCCCUUCCUCGCCCACUCGGAAACGCAGUCACAAGCAGCAGAGCGCGAUUCAACAGCUGUUUAUUAAAGGUGCAUGUGAGA